CUCGCCUUUGUCCUCUUUCGCUCUUUUACCACCUGCCCCUGCCACUUUCGCUCUCUUCCCUCCAUCCCUCCGGCGACUCACGCGGAUCAUUUUCCCCGUGACGCCGCCGGACUCUGGUCUUCCUCCGACCUGGCGCAUGCGUGCUUCCUUUUGUCCCUUCUGCUAUCCCGAUCGCGUGUCGUCUCCCCGCGCCGAUUAGCUACCAGGGCUGUCAUAAGUUAAGAUAACUGGCAUGGGAACACAAGUUCAACAAGCUUGCAUUGAUGCACACAAAGCUGAGAUAGACACAAGAGCUCCUUUUCAAUCUGUCAAAGCUGCUGUCAGCCUCUUUGGUGAGGUAGCAUUCACAUCGACAGUGAGAAAGCCGAAGGCUCCACCUAUCGAGAGAGCUUUAACUAAGGAGACCCAGCUUGACUUGGCUAAAAAAGAGCUUAACAAGUACAAGGAACAACUUCACAAUGCUGAAACAACUAGGAUCCAAGCGCUUGUUGAAUUGGAGGGUGCUAAAAGAACUGUCGAGGAACUGACCAAGAAACUAAAUGAGAUAAAUGAAUCAGCUUUAAAAGCAACAGAGGAUGCAAAAAGUCAAACCAAGAAACUUGAAGAUGCGACUUCUGUUGAGAGUAUUGGCAAAAAUAGUGGCAAGGAACAGGAAUUUGACAAUGCAAGGGAGCAGUAUGCAGUUGCCAUUGCAGAGCUUGAUGCAGCAAAGCAAGAACUUAGAACGGUUAAGAGAGAAUUUGAUGCGUCCAUGGAGGUGAAGCUCAAUGCCAUUCAGCAAGAAGAUGAGGCAAAGAAGUCUUUUGAUGCCAACACUAAUAGGGUUGCUGAGCUUUCGAAAGAGAUUUCAGCUGCUCAGGAUUCACUCACGCACGUGAAGCUUGCUACUAAUCAAGCUCGACAAGAGUUAAAAAUUCGAAUGGAGAAAGAUGCCACCCCAAAAUCCUACAAACAAGCUCUGGAGGGAGCUGAAAAGAAAUUGGCAUCUUUGAAGAAAGAGUUUGAUCCCGAGGUUAAUAAGAACCUUGAGGCUAAACUGGCUGAGACUAAUGCCGAGAUUGAAGCUGUACAAAAGGAAUUAGAAGAUGCCCGGAUUUCAGCUUCCGAGUUUGUUACAACAUUGACUUCUGAGCUUGAUGGAGCUAAAGGGAUGCUUCAGAAACUUGUUGAAGAAGAGAGUUCACUAAGGAGUUUAGUGGAGUCACUAAAGCUUGAGUUGGAAGCUGUACAGGAAGAGCAUGCAGAACUCAAAGAGAAAGAUGCAGAAACUGAAUCUGUUGUUAGUAACCUUCACGUCAAACUUCAGAAUUGCAAAGCUGAACUUGAGGCAGCUGUGAUUGCAGAAUCAAAAGCUACUUUAGCAUCUGACGAUUUAGUGUCCGCUCUACAGCAGCUAUCUUCUGAAUCGCUGACUGCAUUGCAGGAAGCAGAAGAAAUUGAGAAGACUGUUGAAGAGCAAAGGGGUGAAGCGAAGGUAGCUCAAACUUUUUUGGUCGAGACAGAGGAGAAGUUACAGGUUGCCUUGAAGAGCGCUGAAGAAGCAAAAGCAGCAGAGACAAGAGCCCUUGAUCUCAUCAAAAAGCUAUCUUUGAAAACAAAUGUUGCUCAGGCAUCAGCUUCUGAGUCUGGAGCUAACGUAACAAUCUCAAAAGAAGAGUACGAGGCACUAACCAGGAAAGCAGAAGAGUCCGAGAAACUGACAGAGAUCAAAGUUGCUGCAGCAUUAGCCCAGGUGGAAGUUGUGCGUGCAAGCGAGACUGAAGCAAUUAAGAAACUUGAUGCAGCUAGGAAGGAGAUAGAGGACAUGGAGACUGCCACGGAGGAGGCACUGAAGAGGGCAGAGAUCGCUGAGGCUGCGAAGAAGGCCGUCGAAGGAGAGCUGAAGAAGUGGCACGAGAAGGAACUGAAGAGGGUCGCUGAGACUGCCUCAAUGAUACUGGCCGAAACACAGAUUUCAACAGAGACAUUGCCACCGAAAUCAAUGGUGCAGAAUGUGAAGACAUUAGAGAAGACUCAUGGAAGCCGCAAGGUCUCGAAACAAUCCUCCUCGAGAAAGUCACUCUUCCAAAACCUCAGCAGCAUAUUCCACAGGAAGAAGAGCCAAAUCGAUGGCAGCUCUCUGGACUAUCCUCCAUGCAAGAAGCACGUAUGAUCCUUGUGCGACGCAACCUCCGCUUGUAUGAUUCAGUAGUCCACUUUUUAGACGUUCCGAGAGCUGUAUAGGUGUGAAUGAUUUUCUCUUGGGUCAGUUGUGAAUUGUGGAUUCAUGUUCAGCCUCCGUUGCUACAAGCUCAACACUGUUGAAGUCUUUUUGCGGCUACGACUCUGCGCCAUUUUUAAUGUAGUGAUUGUCCAAAGGGAUGGUUGGCAGCGCGCUUGGCGAAUUUUCUUUUGAAAAGGUUUAUAAAGGGUGCAAUUUCUGAUGGACUUUGGUUU